AUGUGAAUCUUCUUGAACAUCUGAUGAUCAACUCCCAGAAUUCCAAGAAAGUCACUGCUCACAAAGCACUGACUGACCAGGAGGUUGUGGCCCAAAUGGUAAACUUUGGUUUAGCUGGUUAUGAGACCACUACAAAUUCUCUUUCAUUCACUAUAUAUUUAUUGGCCACUCACCCAAAUGUCCAGCUAAAACUGCAGCAGGAGAUUGAUUCCACUUUCCCUAAUGAGGCACAGCCCACCUAUGAUGCCCUGAUGCAAAUGGAAUACCUUGACAUGGUGGUGACUGAAUCUCUUAGAUUAUAUCCAGCUACUGGCAGACUUGACAGGGUCUGUAAAAAAGAUGUAGAGAUCAAUGGAUUGCUUAUCCCCAAAGGCACAGUAGUCGUUAUUCCCAUCCUUGUUCUUCAUAAAGACCCAGAACUGUGGACAAAACCUGAAGAUUUCUGUCCUGAAAGGUUCAGUGGUGCAAACAAGAACAGCAUAAAUCCUUAUGUCUACAUGCCCUUUGGAGCUGGUCCCCGAAACUGCAUUGGCAUGAGGUUUGCUCUCAUGAACUUGAAACUUGCUCUCGUCAAAAUAUUGCAGAAUUUUACCUUCAAACCUUGUGAAGAAACCCAGAUUCCUAUGAAGUUAUCAAAUCAAGCAGUUCUUCAACCUGAGAAACCCAUCGUUCUAAAGGCUGAGCCCAGAUGAGGCAUCAGGAGUGGAUCCUGACUUUGUACUUCAUUCUUCAAGGAAUCUGCAUCUCAGAACUCUAGAGAGUCCAAUUUUCCUUAUGAAUAAAUCCCAAAAAUAAAGCCUGA